CAUUAACACCUGCAACAGAUGCAACUGACCAAAGUCAAACGCACUUACAGUUCUCGCUCGCGGCUAUCAAUUCCGUCUUCAUCAUCACCACCAUCCUCGCCGCCGUCGACAACCAAACGCAAGCACCUUGGGGAAGGCACCGAAAAUGAGCCUCCAACAAAGAAACGGACGACAACCAAAUCUUUGCCUUCGGGGAGGCCAGAAAAACAGAAGCAAAGCGUCCUAAGGCAGCUCCAUUUCUCUAUCGAAACCUCAAUUCUACGAACCUGCACAAUUUGUAGCCUCUCAUAUACACGAGGCGCACCAGAUGACGAGUCAUUGCAUCGUGCCCAUUGCUCACGUGUGCAAAGGGGAAUGGAGUGGGGCAGAGAGGAAGAACGAGAAGCAGAAAGACUCGGUGUAGAAGAAAUACAAUCUGCAGUGAAGCUGAAGGACGGAAAGAAGGGUCGCAUUAUCUGUUUUAAGGCGAACGUCGGUGGAAGAAUUGGAUCUAAGCUUGCGAUAUUACUCGAGACGAUAAAUCUUGCCCUUUCAUCUCCCCCGCUAUCGACCGACAUUCUACAAUCAUCGAAGGCAUACCUCUAUCUAAUACCAUCAGUUACCAAUGUGCACCGAGAGAAGAUAGUCGGCUGCGUCAUUGCUCAACGAAUAUCUACCGCCAUGACUGUCGCCACUCAUGCAGAAACCUUGCUUGAACGUGAUUUCAAUCAAGCUACUGACCGUGACUCGCCCCCGACUCACAGACUGGUCGCAGUCGACACAACCUCGGGGCUUUUCUGCCAUCUAGAGGCCUUGCCUACGCCCCUCGGAAUACCACGUCUAUUUGUCUCGUCGGCACAUCGACGGCAAGGUAUCGCUAGCCGCUUGCUUACAGCUGCGGCCGCGACGUUCAUCCACGGUUGUCCACUAGACCCUCUCAAUGGCGAUGUUGCAUUUACACAACCGACCGAAGGGGGACAUGCUGUCAUGCAAAAUUGGGGCAAAGGAGGCGUAAGAAUAUAUGAGGAAUAACAUGCUGAUCAAGAAGUGUGCAGUUUCUGACAGCCCAGCAGAUUUGAUACAACGUGACAGCAACGCCAAUGUAAUCGUAUAUUGUAAUAAAUUAGUCGCGCAGGGCCAUUUGUCUGUUUUUUUGGGGGUGCUCUUUCCAGGGACGUCGUUUGCCCGGAAACAAAAUUCACGAUCCAC